UCCGCCCGCUCUACUCAGUUACGGUCGAGGUUAUGUAGAGUGUGUAAGUGCUGUGCAGAAAGUGGGCGAAAUAAAACCAAAAUCGAUGGUAUUCGGCGAUGGCCGAGGAGUUGUUAGUAGUGCUGAAUAGAAAUGAAAGUUCGGGCUUUGGAUUUUCACUGCUGGGCAAACCCGGAUUACCUCCCAUCAUCUACAACAUCCUAGACGAUUCUCCGGCGGCCGAGAGCGGAGAGGUCGAAGUAGGCGAUGUGAUAUUAAAAGUAAACGAAACUGACGUCAUCAAGUACAGCACUAGAGAAGUUUUAAAAUGUCUACGCCUAUCCACAGACCCCGUAACACUAAAAAUUAAACGCGAUCCAAAGAUCAAGUCCACCGUUCGCAAGCACCUCCAAUCGACGGCGGGAGGCGGCGGCGUCGUCCGCGACCGCUCGCCACCCGGGGGCGGCCACAGACCGCGGCCUGAGCCUUCUUCACAUCGGCACCACGCGCGUCACGCCGCCCCCAACGGCCGGUUGCCGCCCGAGCACGAACCGCUGCUCGCCGAGUCGCAACAGCAGCACCACCAUCACCACCACGAGCGGCUGCAGGGCGGCGAGCAGGCGGUGCCGCCGCCCACGGGGCUUGGCGGUGGCGGCGCGCCCAAGUUCGAGGCCUACAUGAUGACGGGAGAGCACAUACUGAAUAUAUCGAGGAUGCCGCAGGCGGGCGGCAUAGUACCUAAGCAACAGAAGAAGGCGGACCAUUCGAGAUACCAUAACAGCCACGCCCACCACCUGCGCCAUCAGCCGGCGCAGUACAACUCAGUGCCAAAUAGUCCGAACGAAACCGAACUAGGCCGAAGCGGCCGAUCGUCGGGACCGAAUUCGGCGCACACGUCGCCAGUGGGCGCCACCAGAAAAGAUCACCCACCUAUACAGCAGCAUUCUCCACAAGAUGCCUACGCAACGAAUAGCUUCGUUAGAACUAGUCGUAGCGAAGAUCAGCUACAGAUGCAGAACAACCUAGGUGGCGCUGUUAGUACUGCCAAUGCAGAAGCGGACGAAGAUAUCGCCAGCUCCCUAAAUACCCUUCUAGACACUAGGCCUGACUCUGCCAACAGUGACAGCGACAGGAUCGUCUGGACGUAUAACGCGCCCGUUUCGGAGCUGCACAAGCUGGGGCACACGCUGUCCAACGGCAGCAGCUCGUCGCACAGCAACACCUCCGCGUCCAGCAGCCCCCUACAAACUGGCUCACCCAACUCGCCCACCUCCGUCUCUUCCUCGGUGAUGUCGAGCCAGUCGGGCUCGCGCCGACUACCUUACUCCCUCACCAAUGGACCUCACCAACAGCAGACCUUCGAUUUCAGCAUGUCGGAAGCCAUUUCGAACAUUUCGAGCCCCGACUACCACGACGACGAUGACAGCGUCGGCAUCCACGACUGCGUCAUGGAGAUCAGCGACCACAGCGACAGCGACAGCACGCUGCUGGGCCCGGAACCUGGAGGAGGUAGGCUGCGCGGCACCCUCGUCAGGCAGUCCUCGGACGGUGGUACUGCGCACAGCGGCGAUCACAGGAUCGUCAUACAGGUGCGCGGGCCCCAGGAAAAGAAGGGCCACUUGCAGGGUAACGGCGAUAUCGUCGGCGGUGGUGGGGGAGAGGUUCAUGCGCAGCAGGACUACCAUGACGACGAUUACAAAGACGACGAGAAAAGAUCUUCGCCAUUGUCUUCUGAGGACGAAAGCGACGUGGAAAGCCUACAUAGUUUCCACUACUCGCCGAAAGCGGUGGACAUGCCCUCGGCGAUCCGAUUGGCCAAGAGGCUGUUCAGUUUGGACGGGUUCAAGAAAUCCGACGUCUCGAGGCAUCUUAGUAAAAACAAUGACUUUAGCAGGGCUGUGGCAGAAGAAUACUUAAAGUAUUUCAACUUCGAAAAGGAAACGUUAGAUACGGCGUUAAAAAAGUUCCUCAAACAGUUCUCUCUGACUGGCGAGACGCAGGAGAGGGAACGCGUUUUAGUUCAUUUUUCCAAAAGGUAUUUGGAUUGCAAUCCUGGAUCGUUCAAUUCGCAAGAUGCUGUUCAUACACUGACAUGCGCCAUCAUGUUACUGAACACCGACUUGCACGCGCAGAACAUCGGUAGAAAGAUGACGUGUAGCGAAUUUAUCGAGAAUCUCACUGAUCUGAACGAGGGCGAGAAUUUUCCUAGGGAUGUGCUGAAACAGCUCUACCACGCCAUUAAGAAUCAUCCGUUGGAGUGGGCACUAGAUGAGGAACAGGAAAACGCACCAGUCCCGGCUCAGGUAGUUUAUGACGUUAUAAACCUAAGCGGAAAUCCCUUAUUGGAACUGCCAAAUCCCUUGACAAUGGUGGAAUAUAAGAAGGGCUACGUCAUGCGGAAGAGCUGUUACGAGACCAACGCCAAAAGAAGCCUCUGCUGCGUUUUUCUAGCGCCCUUCCACAAGCGCAGCUGGAAGAUGUUCUACUGCACGCUGCGCGAUAUGGUUCUGUACCUGCACAAGGACGAGAACGGGUUCCGCAAGAACCAGAUGGGUGGGGACAACAUCCACAACGCCAUCCGGAUCCACCAUGCGCUCGCCACCAAGGCGCACGACUACACCAAGAAGCAGUACGUUUUCCGGUUGCAGACGUUCGAUCAAUCGGAGUUCCUCUUUCAGACCAGCGAUUCGAAAGAGCUACAAUCCUGGAUCGACACUAUCAAUUUCGUGGCCGGUAGUUUUUCCGCGCCGCCACUGGAAUCGGCUGUGGGUUCCCACAGGAAGUUCCAAAGGCCGCUCUUGCCCUGUAGUCGUACUAGAUUUAAUUUGCGUGAACAAUUAGCUGAUCAUGAGGAGAGAGUAUUGAGACUGGAAGCCAUGUUGGAAGAACAUAGAAAAUCCCCGCCUGAGAAGGGUUCUAAAUCACUGAUAGUUCAAAACUACAAAGAGAAAGAAACGUAUUUAAAAUUUGAGAUCGACAAGUACACCACCUACAUCCGGACGCUGCGCACCAGAGCGCCACCUCAACCCCUCCACGUUCCCGCGCAGUCCACGACGAUCGUCGAGCCUGCCCCCGCGGUGCGACUGGCCGAGAACAGCAUCGGCGAGGUGGACGAGACGUCGGGGGGCGGCGGCCACGUCACCCUGGUGGAGGGGGUGGGCCUGGUGCCGCCUCCCAUACCCGAGCGCAAGACCUCCUCGUCGCCCGUCACCAACAGGUGUAAUUUAACUGUCGUGCAUAUUAUUUUCAAUCCCGAUCAACACUGUUACUCUUCUUAGAGAAGGAAAAGCCCGGAAUGAGCCCCCUGGCGGUAGAAGCAUGGACUUGUUUGGCUGCAGUGUCUGUAUCGCUCUCUGUUGCAAAUUGAAGAGGCUGGAGCAAGAUAUUUGUUUUAGUGUAAGUUUUACGUUAAAACUAUCGAAGAGAACGGUUCAAACGAUAAAUAUUGUUUCCCGUUUUCCUCAUUCGUGUACAGGGUGUCCCACUUCCGUGUGUUUUACAGGGUUUCUCGUUUAUGUGUAGUGCUACAAAGAUGCGGUUUUCGCAUCACUCAGCUUCUUUUUAUGAAACUAAAAGAUGCUAGACAAAGAUUUAUCCUAGCCCUGUUAGUUUUUGAAAUACAGGGCGAAAUUGAAAAUGUUACAUUUUUUAUUGAGAACGUGAAAACUGAGUCCCAUAUAGUUUUUCACGUAGAAUUCAGUGGCGUAACAAGAUUUUUGCGACAUGUUUCGGGACUUAAACAAUUCCCAUCAUCAGGCCACAUACUCUAUACUUAUUUUCGUAAACAAGGUAAAAAUU